CCAAAUCUCCACCACCACCCCAACAUCUUUCAAAUGUUUCUUUUUCCAGAAUUGGGCUUUCCCUUUAUGCCCUGUCCCAUGCCAUUGCUAUUACUAUGAACAUCUCCGCCAAUCGUCUCCGCCUCAAUUCUUUUCACGCCACCACCACCUCCACUGUUCUCUUCAAUAAAACCUCCGUCCACUUCCUCCAAGUUCGCCUUCAUAGAAAACGUCGCCGUUUCAAACUCACUGUUGGAAGUAACCUUAACGAUCCCUUCGACAACCUGUUUCAUAGCUUGCCCAACCUCUUCGCUUCCGCCAGCUCCCUCGAUUUGCUCGCUACGGCUCUAGGCCUUCUCUCUGGACUCGCUUUAUAUGCCUCUAAGUCCACUUCUAAUAAACCGCCCCCACUAUCAUGUAUUGGAAAUUGGGUUUUGUUUACCAGUCCGACGCCGUUUAAUCAUUUUGUCAUUCUUCGGUGCCCGUCGAUAUCGUUCGAAGAGAGUGAUUUCUUAGAGAAUGUAAAUGAGAAGCUUAUGAAGGAAGAUAGACAUUUUGUGAGUGGGAGGAUUCAGAUCAGAAUUGGAGACGAUGAGAGGGUGAGUGAUUUGGAGACGAAAUUGAAGUACCAAAGAGUUUGUCUAAAUACGGAGGAUGGUGGUGUUGUUUCGUUAGAUUGGCCUGCGAAUUUGGACCUGCUGGAGGAGCAUGGAUUGGACACCACUUUGUUGUUGGUGCCGGGAACCACAGAGGGGAGCAUGAACAAGAGUAUUCAGGCGUUUGUUUGCAAAGCAGUGGAGCACGGGUUCUUUCCGGUGGUUAUGAAUCCUAGAGGUUGCGGUGGUUCGCCUCUUACCACAGCCCGGUUAUUUACAGCUGCUGACAGCGAUGAUAUCUGCACUGCUAUACAGUUCAUCAACAAUGCAAGGCCAUGGACAACUUUGAUGGGUAUUGGCUGGGGAUAUGGUGCAAAUAUGUUAACAAAAUACUUGGCAGAAGUUGGAGAAAGAACACCUCUUACAGCUGUCACAUGCAUAGACAAUCCUUUUGACUUACAGGAGGCCACAAGGUCCUCUCCUUAUCGCAUUGCCUUGGAUCAAAAGCUCACUAAUGGAUUGAUAGAUAUCCUGCGAUCAAACAAGGAAUUAUUUCAAGGCCAAGGAAAAGGUUUUGAUGUGGAAAAGGCUCUAUUGUCAAAGUCUGUUCAUGAUUUUGAAGAAGCAAUAUCUAUGGUAUCUCAUGGUUUUGAAGCCAUUGAAGACUUCUAUUUGAAAUCUAGUACUCGAAGUGUUGUUGGAAAUGUGAAGAUUCCCGUUCUCUUUAUACAGAAUGAUAAUGGAGCACUGCCACCGUACUCUCUUCCACACAGUUUGAUAGAUGAAAAUCCAUAUACUAGCCUUCUCUUGUGUUCUUGUCUUCCAUCUGCUACUAUUGCAAGUAAUAGAGCUGCUGAAUGUUGGUGCCAGCAUCUUACCAUUGAGUGGCUCACAGCCGUGGAGCUUGGACUUUUAAAAGGUCAUCAUCCACUUCUGAAAGAUUUAGAUGUUUCCAUCAACUCUUCAAAAGGUUUGGCUCUUGCGGAAGGUAGAGCAACCGACAAGGAGGAUGUUAAAGUUAAUAAGCUCUUAGAUCUUAGUAAGACAAAUGCUUUGAACAGUUAUUCUGACAAUGGUACGAGGGAGAUGCUGGAAAAAAAUAAUGAUGAUUGUAGCGUCCAUCAAAGAUCCAGAAGAGAGUCACAAAGAAAUGUGGAGCGUGAUAAAAAGGAAUUGCAAGAAAUGGACCAUGGUGCAUUGCCAGAGAGUGGUCCUGUUGAGGCAGAAGUGGUCAAAGAGGAUGAAGCCAGUGCAGUAGAUAGCAAAAGGAGCCAAGUGUUACAGUCUUCACAACUGGUUAUGAGUAUACUUGAUGUAACUAUGCCUGGCACACUGACAGAAGAAGAGAAGAAAAAGGUCUUGACUGCUGUUGGUCAAGGAGAGACACUUAUGAAAGCUCUGCAAAAUGCUGUGCCUGAAGAUGUGCGCGGAAAUCUUUUGGCAGCAGUAUCUGGGCUUUUGCACGCUGAGGCCACAAACUUAAAAUUAAAAGGACCUCUGGAUAUUGGUAAGAUAUCUAACAUAACAUCAGAGUUUAAGUCAAAGAUCCAAGAGAAAGUCAAUGGAAUAUCAAGUGCUGAAGGGCUGUAUAAAGAUCCUCACAGAGCAGAUCAUGAGAAAAGGGUUGACAAUUUGGCAGAGGGCUCUGACAACAUGCAACCAGACAUGGCCAAGCCUAAUGGUGGAUUAGCCUCAGAGAUUCAAGCUACUCAAAUUUUGCAGAAAUCUGAUGAUGUAGGUCAGUCUCAGUCAAUGAAUGGUCUUCAAUCUGAUAUUUCUAGUUCAAUCAGGAAAGACACUAAUGAAUAUGGAAAUAAUCAUGAAAAUUAUAGGUUCCCCAAGGAUGAGGCUAUUCCAUAUUCUGACAUUGGUGAAAAGGGAUCAGAGACAAGUGCUAAUUCUGACAACACCAGCCAGCCUGAAGAGGCUGUAGGUCAUGAGGAAUAUCAGUACAAAGUGGAACAGGAUAGUGGAGUAUCCCGAGAAGAAACAAAACUUGAGAAUGGCAUCCAACAAACCGUAGAUAAAUCCCUAGAUCCUUCCUCUGAUCAAAAUGAAAGAGCAUCUGCCAAUGUUACAGAGGAUGCAGUUUCACCUCUGGGAUCCUCUUCUGAAGCUCAAUCAAUGAAGGGAGGAAAUGAUAAUCAGAAGAGGGAGAAUAAAAUUUUGCAGGCUGCACCUGAUCUUAAUCCUACUGCCUUCAAUGUUUCGGAAGCAUUAGAUGCACUGACAGGAAUGGAUGAUUCCACCCAAAUGGCUGUUAAUAAUGUUUUUGGUGUAAUAGAAAAUAUGAUCACUCAGUUGGAAGUGGAAAAUGAUGACAAAAUAGAUGUCAAGGAGAGAGAUGAGGUAAAAGAUGAGAAAAUUGAUCAUUUCUCUGAGAAACAAAGAAAUGGAAAUCAUGAAAGAUUGGACAAAGAGGGCACUGGGAAAGAGCUGAGUUUACAGUCACCUGCAUCAUCUGAUCCCUCGACACAUAAUAGUUGUGAGAGUGGUGUGGACAUUCAGCAUGAUGCAAGAACUGAGAGGGCGGAGGUUGAACACGAUCAAAAUCCCAUUCUAUUUGAUAUCAAUGGUGGUAAUUAUUCUCCAGGAAGUAGGAUAGCUAAAAGUUUAGAUAUGGAGAGAAACAGGGAAUUAUUAGUUGGGAGCAAACUUUUGUUUGACCAUUCAGAUGGACUUAAAUGUGGAAAUAACUUCCCAUUAUACAAUCCUGUGAAUCUUAAUGGGGACCGAACACAAAAUGAACACUUAAGUAAAUAUCCUAUCUCAAAAGUGCCAAAUGCCAAAUCAUUGGAUCUGGAUACAACUACUGCUCUCUUGCUUGACUACUUUCCAGAAGAAGGUCAAUGGAAGCUCUUGGAACAAGCUGGAAAUUUCAAAGAUUCUAUUGGUGAUUUUAGAACUUUGGAGGAUGAUGACGGAGAAGUGCAAGCCCAGUCAUUUGAGGAGGUAGAUGAUGCAGAUAAAUAUAUUGAACCACCAUAUGUAAUAUUAGAUACAGAUAAACAACGAGAACCCAUUGCAGAAUACAAAAUUAAGGAUCAUAUGAAUGAAAAUGCUGAAAGUAGCGAGGUUGCAUUGACAGAGUUUAUGCACAUUGUGAAAAAUAUUUUGUUUAAUUCUUUGAAGAUCGAAGUUGAACGCAAGCUAAGUCUAUCUGAUAGGAAAGAAAUGGAAUCAGAUAUUGCUAGAGAUAUGGAAAAAGUGGCAAAUGCUGUCUCUUUGGCUGUUGGGAAUGACAGGGAAAAUGUUUGGUAUUUGGAUGAUAAACAAGACGGUAUUAACUGUACUUCCAGAAAAGUUGGCACACUUCAAGGUGAAAAUAUUAUUAGAGCCAUUUCCUCUGCUGUCCAGGGGACAAGUUAUCUGAGACAGGUACUUCCAGCUGGUGUUAUUGUAGGCUCUAGUUUAGCUGCUUUGCGAAAAUAUUUCAGUGUGUCUACUGAGAAUGAUAAUGGUCAAAAAGAACUGAUGGUCUACGAUCAAAACAAGAAAUCUAGGGGGAGAAAACAUGACAAGGUGGGGGUAACGGAGAUUUGCCAGAUGCCGUUUGACAAAGAUACUAGUUCAAAUGGUUCAGUAAACACAGAAGUGGUAGGUGGUGAAUUGAAAAACUUCAACAAUGGAGGUGUCACAGUUGGUGCCGUUACAGCUGCCUUGGGAGCAUCAGCAUUACUUGUAGAGCAAUCGGACUUGUAUGAAGACAAGGGAAUAGUUGAAAAUAUGUCUGGGCCCUUAAAUGAGAAGGAAAAUCAUCUGAAAGAACCUGCGAAACUUAAGGAGUCGAUGUCUGAAAAAAACCAGAAUAACAUAGUCUCAAGCCUUGCUGAGAAAGCCAUGUCAGUUUCUGGUCCUGUAGUACCAACCAAGGAAGAUGGUGAAGUGGAUCAAGAAAGGUUGAUCACAAUGUUGACCAGUUUAGGGCAAAAGGGUGGCAUGUUGAAGCUUGUUGGAAAAAUUGCUUUGCUUUGGGGUGGUCUACGUGGUGCAAUGAGUCUGACUGACAGGCUUAUCUUGUUUCUGCAUAUAGCUGAUCGCCCGUUGUUCCAUAGGAUUCUUGGAUUUGUCUGCAUGGUGAUUCUUCUAUGGUCACCUGUUGUUGUUCCACUGCUGCCAACACUUGUGCAGAGCUGGACAACAAAUAAUCCCUCAAGAAUUGCCGAGCUUGCUUGCAUUGUUGGACUCUAUACUGCUGUUAUGAUACUGGUUGUGUUAUGGGGCAGAAGAAUACGUGGAUAUGAAAAUCCAUUGGAGCGGUAUGGGCUUGAUAUGACAUCAUUAUCAAAGGUCCAAAAUUUGUUGAAAGGGUUUAUCGCAGGUGUCAUGCUUGUGCUAUUACUACAAUCAGUAAAGGCUUUACUUGGUUGUGUGAAUUUCUCCUGGCCAUCAAGUAUUCCAUCACCUUUAAAUGCUGUGACAUUGCUCAAAGUGUGUGGGAAAUUCUUUUUGCUGGCAUGUCGAGGUAUCCUAACAGCAACUGCCGUUGUACUGGUUGAAGAAUUGCUAUUCAGAUCAUGGUUGCCUGAAGAAAUUGCCGCAGAUCUUGGUUAUCAUCGUGGAAUUAUAAUAUCGGGAUUUGCUUUUUCUCUAUUUCAGAGGUCCCCGCAGGCAAUUCCAGGACUCUGCCUAUUAUCUUUGGCUCUGGCAGGUCUUCGUCAAAGAAGUCAAGGCAGCCUCUCUGUUCCAAUUGGUUUGCGUUCUGGGAUCAUGGCCUCAAGUUUUGUUUUACAAAAUGGUGGCUUUCUAACCCACAAUCCAAAUUUCCCCGUUUGGGUAACGGGAAGUCACCCGUUCCAACCAUUGAGUGGAGUAUUUGGUCUUGCAAUCUGUUUAUUACUGGCAGUUAUUCUGUAUCCAAGACAGCCUCUAGGAAAGAAAGAACUUCAGAAGGACCGCUAGGGAGUCAACAAAAUUAUCUGGCUGUCAAUCUGGUGAGACCUUUUUGGUUAUGGAUGCUUCGCGACUUCCAUGAAUUUUUCCUUGUGAUGUCGGGGUUGAAAGAAUAUUAGGAGGAUGAGAGGAAAAUAUAGAAUAAAAUGUUAAAUGUUAGUCAUUGCCUUGUUUAUAAUGGCAAAAUCUCAAUGGAAAGGGCAAUGCUUGCAAAUAUGAGAGGCAAAGAUGUUGAUCAAAGUGCACAGUUGCUGAACCCAGAAAAUCAAAUAUCAAAAACAAGGAGAAGUCUCCUUAAUAGGAAAGAAAUGUAUAUUUUCAAUUUUUCACACAAAUAGAUACACACAUAAAUAUGUUAUCAUUUGAAAUGGUAAUUUUGAAUUAAUAAUAAAAUAAUAUCUAAUUACAUAAUAACACAUCUAUAUGUGUAUUUAUUUGUAUACAAAAAGUGUAUACGCAUAGCAUUGUGCAAUUGUUCAAGGGUACAGGGUCUUUUGUAUUCACAUUUUCUGAUUUGCCUUUACAUUUGGCAACCAGAGUCAAAAGAAUUUGAGUAUCCUGGGUGCUUGCUUUGUAAACUUUUCAAUUCUGGCAACCAUAUUGAAGCAAUUUUUGAGCUUUUAAUAAUGUGCAUAAUAAUAUUGGAAUUCUCUUACUUUUCCA